AUGGCUAAGAUCUUUGCAACUGGAACUACUGGCUACAUAGGGGGCGAUGCUCUCUACCUCAUCUCACAAAAACACCCAGAAUGGGAACUCACAUGCCUGGUUCGGAACAGUGACAAAGGCGCCAAAGUUGCUGCUGUCUAUCCGAAAGUGAGGUUGGUCUACGGAGACUUGGACACUGUAGACCUGAUUGAGGAGGAGGCUGCCAACUCCGACGUCGUCUAUCACUUUGCCAACUGCGACCAUGAGGGUUCGGCACGCGCUAUUGCCAAAGGACUCGCACGGAGAAACCGUGAAGGCCCUGGUUACUGGAUUCAUACAUCCGGAACACUAAUUCUCGGCUGGGAAACAAUUGACCUUGCCGACUUUGGUAACAGAUUGGAUAAAGUGUAUGACGACUGGAACAACGUGGGCGAAUUGAUAUCUCAACCCGACCACGCUGCUCACAGGAAUGUCGAUAAGAUUGUUUUGGCUGCUUCAUCGGACAAGGUAAAGACGGCGAUCCGCCAAAAGGCCUUCAAAGUCGGUAAGGGGGAAAAUGUCUGGCACGAAAUCCAUGUUCAAGACUUGUCGAACCUCUACCUUCUCCUCGGCGAGGCUGCUGUCAAUGGCGGCUCGCCGGCGACCUGGAAUGAUCAGGGUUAUUAUCUGGCUGAGAACGGUCCUUUCGUAUGGGGAGAUGUGAUCCAAGAAAUUGCAAAUGUUGCUCAUAAAAAGGGUCUACUGCCAGAAGCAACUGUGGAAAGCCUGAGUCCGACAGAAGCUGAAACAUUUCUCCCCUAUGCCAGGCUGCUGAUGGGGACCAACUCAAGGGGGGUAUCCAUUCGAGGAAAGAAACUGCUGGGUUGGAAGCCUGCUAUGCAUGGAAUUAUGGAAGAAAUUCCCGAGUGUGUGGAGAGCGAAGCCGAGCUCCUUGGUCUGAUCAAGCGCCAUGCAGCAAAAGUUGCAGGAUAG